AUGCCCUCAACUCCAUGCAUGCAGGUGGUGGGCCAGGGAGCCGCCUGUCCUGUGUGCAGGGGGACCCUGCAUGAUGUGGUGACCGCCAGCUGUGGACACGCUUGCUGCCGGCUCUGCCUCUCGCCCUCGGCCCAGAUGGGGGCCCAGCCAUCGAGAAGGCUCCUGCUCUGCCCUGUGUGCCAGGGGGAAGAGCAGACAGACCCCAUGAAGGUUCCAGUACCCCUGGGCCCUCUGAGGGAGAUGUACUGUGAGGAGCACGGGGAGAAGAUCUACUUCUUCUGCGAGAACGAUGCUGAGUUCCUCUGUGUGCUCUGCCGGGAGAGUCCCUCUCAUCAGGCCCACACCGUGGGGAUCCUGGAUGAGGCCAUUCAGCCCUACCGGGAUCGUCUCAAGAGUCGACUAGAAUCUCUGAGCACCGAGAGGGAGAAGAUAGAAGACAUAAAGUGUCAAGAAAACCAGAAGAUCCAAAUGCUUCUGACUUAUAUUGAAAGCAAGAAGCAAUGGGUAGAAGCAACUUUUAAGAGGCUGCAGCAGGAGCUGGAGACCCAGCAGCAUUUCCUGCUGGUCAGGCUGAGGGAGCUGGAGCUGGAGAUCUGGAAAGAGAGGGGUGAAUACAUCGCAAAGAUCUCUGAGGAGGCCCACAGGCUUGAAGUCCAGGUGGAGGAGCUGGAGGAGAAGUGUCGGCAGCCAGCAAGUGAACUUCUGCAAGAUUUCAGAAUCAACCAGAGCAGGUGUGAAGUGAAGACUUUUGUUAAUCCAGACACGAUUUCUUCUGACCUUAUUAAGAAGAUCCGAGACAUCCACAGGAAAACACUCAUCCUUCCAGAAAUGAUGAGGAUUUUUUCAGAAAACCUGGUGCAUCACCUGGAAACAGACUCAGGGAUCAUCACUCUGGACCCUGAGACGGCCAGCCCGAGCCUGGUGCUCUCUGAGGACAGAAAAUCAGGGAGAUACACGCGGCGGAAGCGGACGCUGCCGGACAGCCCCCUGCGCUUCGACGGCCUCCCGGCGGUGCUGGGGUCGCCGGGCUUCACCUCGGGGCGCCACCGCUGGCAGGUGGAGGUGCAGCUGGGCAAGGGCGGCGGCUGCGCGGUGGGGGUGGCGGUGGAGGAGGUGGGGAGGAAGGGGGAGGUGGGCCUGAGCGCCGACCAGGGUGUCUGGGCGGUCAUCCUCUCGCACCAGCAGUGCUGGGCCAGCACCUCCCCGCGCACCGACCUGAUGCUGGGCGACAUCCCAGGCUGCGUGGACGUCACCCUGGACUAUGAGAAGGGCCUGGUGAGCCUCCUCGACGCCGACACCCAACGGCUCCUCUUCACCUUCACGGCCGCUUUCUGCAGCACCAUCUUCCCUUUCUUUGCUGUCUGGAAAAAAGGCUCACGCCUUACUCUGAAAGGCUGA